AUUGUGGCCUGUCGCUGUUUAACAUCUGAUCCAAAUAAUUCAGGCUUGACAACUUAAGCCUCUCAAUUGCGGAUUGAAACGCGAAUCUCUCUCACCACUUAAUAUUAUGACUUAAUAUUAUGCGAGAAAUUGUUUCUUAACCCCCCAAAUUCAAAUUCCUACAUCACUCGUUUUCUUUCCAUAAUCUCUACAGUCUACUACAUCCAUUACGGCAUCAUGUCGUUCACUUCUAAGGAUACGAAACUCUAUCGAGAGGACGAGAAGGCCGGGCAUAAGAAGCUCGGUGCAAAAGAGCGAGAAAAGCUCGUGCAGAAUUAUCUACCCUCUCCGCCCAAUCGAUCACCAAGUCGGAGUCGCAAGAGGAAGCGGGAGACGUCCCACUUUGGUGUUAGGAAAUUACUCAAGUCACAGCUCCAUUCAUUGCUAUACAUCAUCGUACACGCAAUCUUCUCUGUUUAUAUCCGAAUUCGCACAGCCUACCAUGCCGUUACCCUUCGGGUCCUUUCCAUACUCGGACACCAUCAUAACACUCCAGAUUAUGUCCGAAGAGACGUUAGCGUAUAUAGAAGGUUGCCUAAACACGUUAGUAUAAUCUUGACAUUGGAGGAUGGUGGAAGAGCUGGGGAUGCCUUGGAAAAGCUCAUCAACGAAGCUUCCGAGGUAGCAGCAUGGUGUGCUUCGGCGGGUAUUCCUCGAUUAUCUGUAUACGAGAGAACAGGAAUACUUAAACGCUAUAUGCCUCAGGCACAUCGUGCCUUGGCACACAAGCUCAAGGGUUGGUUUGGAAAGCACCAGGUUCCGCCGCUGUCCCUCAUUACUCGUGGAGCCUCACCUAUUUAUUCUGCAAAUCGACUGUCUUAUGGACAAGACCAGGUUCCGCUAGAGGUUAUACUUGUCUCCGAAGACGACGGCCGAGAGGCUAUGGUAGAUCUUACCAAGGUUCUGGUCCAUAUGGUACAGCAAGAGAAGAUAUUGGCCGGGGACAUUACAUUAGAUGUUCUCGACCAUGAAUUAUCCGAAGCCGUUAUGCCAGAACCGGACCUCCUAAUCUCGUUUGAGCCUUACGUUGAUCUACAAGGAUAUCCGCCAUGGCCAAUCCGGUUGACUGAGAUCUAUUGCGCGCCUGAUAACCAGGGUGUAGCCUAUCAAGUAUUCCUCCAAGGUUUGCAGAAAUACACGGAAGCAACCUUCAAGCUUGGGAAAUAGAACUGGCAGGUUUGCCUAGAUCAAGGCGCAGAGUGAAGCCUUACAGCUAAAAAAAAGUAUCCGCUAUGAAUAUUUGUCGUAUGUACAUAAUUAGCAGGAGAGUUGGCGCAUUCGGGAUAAGAGUAUGAUAUUGCCGUUACGGUAUUGGCUAGCAUUAGGUACUAUGUAAAUGUUAUUGUUAGAGUAAAUAGAGGCUAAUAAGGACUAUUAAAAUGUACCUAAGUAACCUAAUUCAUGUCAGGAGCACAGUCAAUUGACUCCCUCGAACCUAUCAUAUUCAUAUAUGCAUUAUCAGGUAAGACAGGUAAGACAG